UAUUUGCCCCCAUACUUGCAGCUGUAAAUGGUUCCCUCAGAAGACCAGUUAUCUGAAGUGGAGGGCUGAAAAAGCAAGAGGCCAAGAAGGAAUAUCAAAACCAUGGCAGCAACUACCGUAUACUUAUCAAAACCAUGUUCUUCUACUCCUAAAAUCCCGUUUCUGUCUAAUUCAAGACAACUACUACACAGUAGCUGUCGAUUUGGAACCUUAAAGCCAAAAGCGGGUCUCUCCCAUUUCCUCAACAUUGUUGAAACCACUUCUUCAUAUAUUCAACUUCCACUGCAACUCGAGCUUCAUGAACCUUCCAAUGCUCUCUCUUUGCCUACUUGGGCUGUUCAUGUCUCCAGCGUCGUUGAAUGGAUUAUAGCUAUGGUUUUGGUGUGGCAAUAUGGAGAGAAAUCUGGAUAUGAAGCCUGGAAGGGGCUUUCUUGGGGUAUGGUACCUCUACUUGGUGGAGCAUUCUGUGCUUGCACAUGGCAUUUCUUUUAUAACUCCGAUUCCCUUGAGGUAUUGGUAGCACUUCAAGCGGCACUAACUGUAAUAGGUAAUUUCACAAUGUGCAUAGCCGCAUACCGAAUAUACAAAUCAUCCCGUGAAAGCUCUGAGAAUUUGUAAACUAUUUGCAUACGGGUAUUUCGAAGUAGCAUUUAAGCUUGAACGAAAUUCUUACUUAAUCUUCUGCCGAUUGGUACACUAUCCUUCUUGAGCCUUGAUGAAUAUGAAGAGUCUCCUGAUUUAUAAAAAAAUUGUAAGUGACAAAGAUGGAAUCUAUAAGAUACACUUUAGUUUCUUGAUGUUGAUCUUGAUCUCAUUUGUGUAACCUUUGUAUUUAGCUUUGUUUUCAUAUGAUUCUGUCAAUAGAAUGCUUUGUGUAGUAUAUUGAUAAGAAUGUUUUAACCUUUUUGUAUUUUA